AUGGCAGACGAAGCCAAGGCCAAAGGCAACGCCGCAUUCUCGGCCGGCAACUACGACGACGCCAUCCGCCACUUCACAGACGCGAUCGGCUUAGCACCCACCAACCACGUCCUCUACUCCAAUCGAUCCGCAGCCUACGCUUCCCUCAGAAAAUUUUCCGAGGCCCUCUCCGAUGCGCAGAAGACCGUGGAGCUGAAGCCCGACUGGGGCAAGGGUUACUCGCGCCUGGGCGCGGCCCAUAUGGGCCUCCACAAAUAUGGAGAGGCCGUCUCCGCUUACAAGAAGGGCCUUGAGAUCGACCCCAACAAUGACGCCCUCAAGUCCGGGCUCGCAGAUGCAGAGGCCGCCACGGCGCGGAGCUCUAGGCAGCCUCGAGGAGGGCCGGGCGGGAACCCGUUCGGGGAGGCGUUCGGGCCGGAGAUGUGGGUCAAGCUGGCGAGUGACCCCGGCACCCGGGGGCUUCUCCAGCAGCCGGAUUUUGUGAAGAUGCUGCAGGAUAUUCAGAAAAAUCCCAAUGAUUUGAACCUCUAUUUGCAAGAUCCGAGGGUUAUGAAGGCAUUGGGGGUGCUGCUGAAUUUUAAGUUCCAGACGAGGGACACUGAGCAGGAUGUGGAGAUGCCCACAGCAUCCAGUGGUGGGUCUCCAGAGAGGAAGAGACCUGCAGCAGCGGAGGCUGAGCCCUUGAAGGAGGAUAAGAGGCCGGAAAAAGAGCCCGAGCCUGAGCCUAUGGAGACUUCUGAGGAGAUGGAGAAGAAGGAGAUGAAAGCGCAGGCAUUAAAAGAAAAGGAGUCUGGGAAUGCUGCGUAUAAGAAGAAGGAUUUUGAGACCGCCAUUCAGCACUAUUCGAAGGCAAUUGAGCUGGACGAUGAGGAUAUUUCUUUCAUCACUAAUCGGGCCGCAGUUUACCUCGAGAUGGGCAAGUACGAGGACUGCAUCAAAGAUUGCGACAAGGCUGUAGAAAGGGGUAGAGAAUUGAGAGCAGAUUUCAAGAUGAUAGCCAGGGCCUUGACAAGAAAGGGAUCUGCCCUAGUCAAGAUGGCCAAGUGUUCAAAGGAUUAUGAACCUGCUAUUGAGACUUUCCAGAAAGCUCUUACUGAGCAUCGAAACCCGGAUACAUUGAAAAAGCUCAAUGAUGCUGAAAAGGCAAAGAAAGAUCUCGAACAAUUGGAGUACUUUGAUCCACAGAUAGCUGAUGCGGAGCGUGAGAAAGGUAACCAGUAUUUUAAAGAGCAGAAGUACCCUGAGGCUAUCAAGCACUACACAGAAGCAAUUAAGAGGAACCCGAAAGAUCAUAAGGCAUAUAGCAACAGGGCUGCAUGUUACACAAAACUUGGGGCCAUGCCCGAGGGACUCAAAGAUGCUGAAAAAUGCAUCGAACUUGAUCCAACCUUUUCUAAAGGUUAUACCAGAAAAGGUGCUGUCCAAUUUUUCAUGAAAGAGUAUGAAAAAGCAUUGGAGACAUACCAGGAGGGAUUGAAGCAUGAUUCCCACAACCAGGAAUUGUUAGAUGGUGUUAGAAGAUGCGUAGAACAGAUAAACAAGGCCAGUCGUGGAGAUUUGAGCCCUGAGGAGUUGAAAGAGAGACAGGCCAAAGCAAUGCAGGAUCCUGAGAUUCAGAACAUCCUUACAGAUCCAGUAAUGAGACAGGUGCUGACUGACUUACAGGAGAAUCCAAAAGCUGCACAGGAACACACCAAGAAUCCUCUUGUCAUGAACAAAAUACAGAAACUCAUCAGCGCAGGAAUUACUUGA